GAAAAAGAUUCGAAAAUCAAAUGGACUCAGAAUUCAAGUAAGUAUUUACUUUGAAUUAUUUUACAUAAUUUAAUACUAAGUUUUUAUCAUACUUCCCCUGUAUUAAAUUACUCAUCUGUUGCUUCGGUAGUUGCUUUCCUGUAAUCCUGACAACCACUGCUGAUUUCUGGUGACAAAUGCUGACAACCAUUGCUGAUGACCAUAGGUUUUCCCGCUCAAAAUUGUAGGCGGAAGUGACAACGACUCAACGAGAAGUUUUGGCGGCUGUUUGGCCAAACUGAGUUUAUAGAAGAGACGUGAAAGAAUCAGUACUAGUUUAUAUACUUCAGUUUAAAGGAAAUUAUGUCAGCUGACAGCAUUUUCAGGUACGUUGAUUUUCAAUAAAAUGCUUUAAACUGAUUUUAUUGCGUAUAUGAUAUAAAUUCUUUUUGUUAAUUUUUAGCGAAGGAAAUGAGGCAUUUGCAGAUGAUGAAUACAGUAAAGCUGUAAAGGUAUUAAAGAGAGUCUAGAUGGGGGGAGGCUGAAAAUCAGUAAACGGUAAAAAUUUUGGUAUUUUAUAAACGGUAAAAAUUUUGGUAUUUUAACGGUAAAUCUUUGAAGUCUGCUGAAAAGUGUUCUGGAAUGAUAAACAGUAUUUUUUUUUCCUCAUGCUUCACGGUAAAUUUUUAGUGUUUUCACAACUGACGGUAACCAAAAUUGAGCAAUAUCCUGACUGGAAAGUUUGGAAAUUGUGCGCCGGAGAUUUAAAAAAUUUAAAGGUGCCCUACAGUCCGAUCUGCACAUGUGCAUAAAGGAGCCCACUUUUUAUGAUACAAACAGUUUAACUAUGUUUUGGGUUCUUGCAAAGCUAAUUAAGCCUGAUUGUUAGUUUCUUGAUCAUUUAUUAUACUCUAGAAGGUUGAAAAUAUAAAUAGUUGUCGAAUAAAGCUCAAUAUUUUGGACACAAAAAUGUAAACAAAGGCUUUGUUUAUAUACGGACUGUAGGGCACCUUUAACAGUAAUACAUAGAAAGCAACAAAAUUGUGCGCCAGAGAUAUCCACCACGCGAUACAAACUUUCCACACUGGAGCAAUAUCUUAUAUCAAGACAUACCCCAUCAACACCCUCAGGUAAUUCAGUUACUAUUUAAUGUGCACACAUUUAUAUUUGUCCAAUAUAAAUACUAGGUUUAUAUAUAUCAUACAGUACUGCCAAGAAAUAACUUAUCAAAAACCGCAUCCAAGACGCUGGGAAUCUUGCGUCCACUGUGCGUCCACGGGCGCCUGCGGGUGCGUCCGUCCUGCGGGCGCCGUGCGUCCACUCUGCGUCUGCGGGCGCUUGCGGGUGCGUCCUCUGUGCGGGCGCCAUGCGUCCGCUUUGCGUCUGCGGGCGAGGACGCAGCUGAGAAAGAGUUCUAUUUGUAGAUUGUCGGAAAUUAUCGCGUUUUGCUUUUCAUAAACAAACCGUUGGCGUCGGAAAAUAUUCAUGUUAGCGAUUUCACACCACGUUUUUAUGCUUAUACACAAGCGUUACAGACCUAGAAUCCUAGAUAUUUAUAUUUCUAAUAUUAAACUUACCGUGAAAUUUCAGAAUUUGUGCUUCGUAAAGUUCCUUUUCGUAUUUGAUCUCUACUUUCGCACCUUCGUAUAACUAUAACGUUUGGUUUAAACCCAGUAAUCUUUUAGCGUUGCCGGUUGGCAAAAUGCACGUAUGGUUUUAUAUCUUCGAAGAAACCCAAAAUACGUUUUGGUUGAGAAGUAAGCGAUCGAUAUCUCAGUUUAUUAGUCUGCAUGAUAGUAAUACGAAUCGAGUGAUAUUAGUCUGAGCUCUUCACUUCAGCUUUAGCGAAUUAUACUGCAACUUUGAAAAUCAAGCGAUGAGUCACAGUCAUUGAACCGUGUUGAAACACAAAGACUGUUUCCUGGACAUAUAAAGGUAUGCCAUUAAGGGAUUAAGAGAAGUCAUUUAUCCAGAAAUUAUAUGGUAAUUAUCAAUUUAUAUGACAUAUCACCAUGUGCAUUUGGAAAAACAACACAAACUUGUUGCUGUAAAUAAAAUUAUAUAGUGGCUCGUAGUAAUGGUAUUUUAUAUGAAAAAUCAAAAGCACUAUAUAUAUAUUGUAAAUGAGCAUCUUCGUUUUAAUAUACUGACGAGUUACGGAGACAUAACAUUAUUCAAAUACAGAAUUGCAUAUCAACUAAUCGGCAAUCUUCUACGAGGUAAGUCUGAAUUUGAGUAGCAAAUGAAUGUGUUGCGAGAUAUAUACUCGUUGUAGCCGUGAUCUCACUGAGUUUAGUAUAUGUGGCUACAUUAUAUUUAUAUAUAGUUUAUGUCUAUUUUACGCUCCAAUAUACAGUCAUAUACGCUUCAAUCGCCACUCAAGUACGUGUGAUUGCAUUGUGAAAGCACUACGCUUACUGUAGUAUAACGUAUAACAUUAUAAAAUGGUUAUACUAAGUGUAAUGCUUAGGUUAAAUGAAACUCGAUUUCGGAUUCAACUUUUUAUUCUUUGCUUCUCCGAUCAGUGACACUGAUCUGUAUUCUCACGACAAACUACGAGUAUGAUGCAAAUAUUAGUUCGUUUUUCCGAUUAUGUUACGACGACUGCGUCCGGACGCGGGCGCUUUGGAGGCAGGACGCGGGCAGUGCAGACGCAAGACGCGGGCGUCGUGGAGGCCAGACGCGGGCGCUCUGGAGGCAGGACGCGGGCAGAGUGGACGCAAGACGCGGGCGCUCUGGAGGCAGGACGCGGGCAGACGCGGGGACAAGUUAUUUCUUGGCAGUACUGUAUGUGUUAACAAGCUACUUUUGGCCAAGGGUGGGUACUAGCGAAGUAGUUGUAGUUCGCUACUGUAGCGAACUACAAUUUUCGAGUAGCCAGUAGUUUUUGACUACUUUGUUAAAACAGUAGCUGUAAUUAUAGCGAACUACAUUUUGCCUAAAAGUAGCCAAGUAGUUGAAUACUUUUCAAACAGCAAAUCGCUAUUCACUACUUUUUAAAAUUGUUAGCAACUUGAUAGAAUAACAUGAUAUUGGGACAAAAUCAAUACUCAAUAGUCAAUUUGCACUCUUGAACACUGUAGUGCUUACAAAAAUGUUGCUUUGUGUUUACUGUUGCUACUCGUAAGUCAAUUUGUUAUAGCUGGUUACAUUUCAGCUGAGUUAGUAGAUCUAUGCUCCAAAUACAGUAAAACUAGUAGCGAAAUAGUUUGCUACAUUUUUAAGCAGUACUUAGCUGUAUUCAGUAGCGAACUACCUUUGUUCAAAAGUAGCAGUAGUUGUAGCUGACUACAUAUUUUUGAAGUAGCUGUAGUUAUAGCGAACUACAAAAAUGUUGUAGUCAACCCACCCUUGCUUUUGGCACCAACUACACUGGCACAGACAGUUCAAGAUUAUAUCAUGUGUGAAGAUAAAUUAUUCAUAUUCAUUGUGUACAUUAAACACAGCAAACAGAUGGAUCAAUUCUAUGAAGAGGAUCCUGUACGGUCUAUCAAGAGGAACAUCUGCAUCGACCCUCUUGUUGGUCUUGAUGCAGAUUGAUGGUCUGUCUUAAUUAGGCCAGGCUGUAAAAUAAAUAGUUUCAUUCUCUUCACCAUCUGACUGUAUUUUAAGAACCGAGUGAUAUUUAACAAAUAUAAAAAUUUUCCGUGUUGAUAUACAGUUAGAUCAACACAAGUGUAAAUUGGGAAAACAAGAAAUUGUGUGGAAACAUGACGCCCGAAGGGUGGAGUGUUUUCACACAAUUUCGAGUUUUCCCAAUUUCCACGAGUGUUGAUAUAAUUGUAUAUCAAUACGGAAAAAAUGUUUUAUAUUUGUUUUAUAAUAUAGCACAAAGACACAUAAAGAAAGAAAUUUUCUGACGUUUCUGUGUUGACAUUGAGUUAUAUCAACACGGCUCUUAGCCAAUCAGCGUUCAGAAUUUACAAUUGCUAUAUUAUAAAAAUCUAUAUACUGCCCACCAAAAUAUAUUUCAAGACAGUUUCAUUUUAAACUGCCAACUUCAAACAAACAAGCAAAACACAGGGCUUGAAAUAACGUUCCCAAAGUUCCCGAUCAUGACGAUCGGCAGUCAAAACUUUUUCAGGUUUGAAACCCUGCUAUUCCGCCGAUCAUAAGCAAUUUCUUGCAAAUCAUUCAUUGCUGAUCGGCUGUUAUUUCAAGCCCUGAAAACAACCUUAAACGAAAUGUCCACAUCCAUAUUCAAGUUGCCACACAAAAUGUCAAAUUGAUGUUUUUAUCUAAAGUAAAAGCUACACUGCUGGUUGUUUUAUAUGUUUUGUAUAUUAGUACUCUGACUGUUCAACAAAAAUUUUGGAUCCUUACAAUUAUUUCUCCUUGAGUUAUAGAGUUUUGAAUAAUUUGAAAAAUAUUAUUGCUGAUGUCAGCAUUAUUUUAAAGGCUGUUAAAACUGUGUUUAUAUACCUAGGAUUGAUUCUACAAUGCUUGGUAUCUACAGUAGGUUAGGAUAUGACUUAAUGGACCUUCAAAAAUAAUUAUGGCCUUGCAAAGACAGAAUAGAAUAGAAACUUUAUUUGAAGAGAGCAAGCAAAACUGGUUAGCAAAAGCUAAUCUAACCCAGGGUACUAAUUAGCACAGAUGGAUGCCAGGACAUUGUUCUGCAUAGUGUUAUAGGAGCAAAGUAAUACCAUACACAUGGAUAUGAAAAGAAAAUAAACUUGACCAACAAAUCUUCAUACAAGCCUCCCAAGUCAUGAAAAUACCAGUUCAAAUUCAAAGAGGAUAUUUUAGGUGCAGAAACAAACACAAGCAAUUACUAGAUAUGUUUCCAGGCAUACAAUUCAAGUGCCUUUAUAUAAUUGAUUCUGGCAAAACAGGGCACUUCAGAAAAGUUUGGAAAAAAGAGUAAGACAUUUAGUUAAACUGAGGAUCUCAACAAAAACAUCCACCGAGAACAUAACUAUACCAGAAAUAUCGAUGAAAUACACCCAUGUCUUCAUGGAAAGCAGUUUUCUCAAUAGUAGCAGCGUGUAAGUUCCUGUGGUCACACCCUGGCAAGCCAGGACAACUCAAAGCUAUUAAGAAUAUACCAGUGCCUACUAUAUAACGGAAUAGAACAUUGAAACUCCAGUCAUUACUUGGAAUGAUAACAUAUCUCAACCGUUUUUCAUUCAGAAUAUAACCCUUGGAAGCGCUACGUCACGCAAUUUUCAAUCCAUCAAGACCUAGGGCCUAAAAUAAAAGCCAUAUGGUUUCUAGUAGGCCCCUAGCCCACAUUUGUUAAUAUUAAAUAGCACUAUAUUAUCUCAUGUAAUGUUUUGGGCAAACUUAAGUGAAAAUGGGGAUACACGGGGAGGAUCACUGGGAUGUGCUUUCCCCCCUAGCCCUGGCCAGAGGAUGUGGCCCUGGCCAAAGAGUAUUUUUCAUGAUAAAGCAACAAAUAUUAGAGACAAAAUGAGAUACAGUAAUUUGAGUAAUAACAUGAUGAUAAGCAAACUGUGAACAACAAUAAUUAUUACAAUUCAAAUACAGUAGCCAAGCAAGACUUUGUAGUAGUCAAGCAAGUUGAUGGGCGGGCAGUAGUUGUAAUGAAAGUCAGAAAAAUCUCAUUCCAAGUCAAGUAACGAUAACCCGAUCCGGGAGAGUCGCUAAAGUCUCUGAAGUUUAAUGAGUAGGAAUCUGGUGGCACGUCGUGGGUGGACCUGAACUGUUAAGAACCAUUUGUUUAUUAUGAUAUGCAUAUUAGUUACUGUCGUUCCAAUUGAAGUGUUGCUCAAAUAUUGAUUCAAUACAUUACCUCGGGCUGACCAAUUCAUUUGAUCAAGUUCCUCGAGAUAUUCAUACACUUCCUGUGAAAGAGCCAAUUCCAAGUAUUUGAUCAUUUCUGGUCACUUCCUUUCUAUUUACGAUUGGUUAGUUGCACAAACAACAAAGGUGAUUGGUGCAUUCAAACUAUUCAACAGGAAGUUUACAAUUAUACUAGGAAGUGUAUGAAUAUCUCGAGGAACUUGAUGAAAUGAAUUGGUCAGCCCGAGGUAAUGUGUUGAAUCAAUAUUUGAGCAACACUUCAAUUGGAACGACAGUAAUAGGAAAGAACCUUUUGUCUAUAGAGAGGGGCAUGUUAUAGCAUGCCUGUACUGCGUAAUGUGUUAGGACUGGACACUAGUUGUCACAAACUUUUGUAAAUUUCUUGUCCAAUUUUAUCAUUUUGUCACAACGGACGCUUUAUUCCAUCUAAAAAGACGAAACUCAUGAAAAUAGUGUUUUGCAAAGUAAAACUAGUAUCGUGUUCUGGCCAAAAUCUCACGGAAAUUUCUUGUUAGCAUUUUGCCGGACUUGCUGCUCAUGUGAAGUAAAUUACCGGUUGGCCAAGCUCAUAUGAACAUCCUGCAGCUCAUAUAUGCUUGAACAGCCCCAAUUUUACCCCGUGUUUACAUGAGACAUUUGAAUUGAGGUGGCUGGUUUGUCAACAUAAACCACUGGUCUCACCACUAUAAAUAGUUAACAAUUAUUGAAUGAGGUUGAGCACGAUAUGAAUAAUUAUCAAGCAUUGAUAAUUCUUCAUAUUGUGCGAAAACCGAAUUCAAUAAUUGUUUUAUUAUUUAUUUAAAAAAUUCCAAACAAACGGAAGACAUUUGUAUUUUAUUUGUAUUAAGAAAAAAACAAUUCCUUAGUCCUUCGGCAGCCGCCGUCGUCGUCAUAUCAAUGGCAUCAGCGAGUCAAUAUGAUUCUCGUCGUCAUAGUAAUAUGGCACAAACGCGUCCAAUUUUUUUUCAUAUUGACUCUUUGACGUCAUUUUGCUAAUAUGAAUGUGAAAAAUCCAUAUUUGGUUAGCCAUUGAGUUGACAUGACAAUUUCACAGUCGGCUGUUAGCCAAUCAGAAACCAGGAAUUGUUCAAAUAAAUAAUAAUAUAAUAUAGCAACUUUCAUGGUUAUAACCCACAGAAUCGUUCCCAGAGUCCUUUCAAGAUCGAAAUAUGUCGAGAAAAUCUUAUUUACAACAAUAUAUUCGCGCGAACAGAGCAAUAACACUCAGCCCACUUUGGCGAGCGAACCCGGGUAAUUGCGCGUUUAUAUGGAAAAUUCCCCAGCCUGGUCACUAGAGAUCUCGGGUCAGUCGAGGCGGGAUCUCGCUUAGGCGAGCCAGCUCGGCCCCCAUAUAAACGCAAAAUGAAGUGUAGUAGAAAAUAGACCCAUUGCAUAUGACGUCACAGCGCCGAUGACGAUGCAUCUGGAGGACAAAUUAGCAAUCUAUGCAUAAUAUAACCUUUGUAAACAAACAUUUUGUAUUAAAAUGGUUAAUUUUUGCGCCGUAUGUGGUUGUUGUACUCGAACAGAUAUUGUUAGGGAGCAUCUGGAGGACACUCUAAGGAUUUGUGACGUCAGUGCAAUGGGUCUAUAAUAACUAUGGUGGGAUCUCGCCUAAACCGGGCCAGCUCGGGUACCCGGGGUGGCUCGCCCCAUAUAAACAGCCCCUUAAAGUUGUCUGCAGUGUCAACAUUACCUCUUAAUAGAUGAUUCCCCUUAUUACGUUUUCGUAGCGCUUUGCAUUGUGGUUAUAGUGGUAUCACUGAUAAAGAUAGCUAUUGUUUUAUUUAGAAAUAUACAGCUGCGAUUGAACAAAAUUCUCACAAUCCAAAGUAUUAUUCCCAAAGAGCUAAUGCUUUUAUCAAGCUGGAAAAGUAUGAAGGUACGUAACAAACUAGUGAAUCAUGUAAAAACAAAGACGUUUCAACUCACAGUAGUAUAUAUAUAGGCUUCAUGACAUUCGUAGAUAUUACAGCUGCAUGAAAUGAACACGAGUAGCGGACAUUUUGAGGAAUAUUGCAUGGGAGUGUGAACUUAGAUUGCUAACAUAUUACCGCCCUUUUCUUGCUAAUGGAAGUAUUCCUAAAACAUUCUACCAAUUCAUUUGUUCACACGAACCAAUUCAAAUGAGACGUUUGACCAAUUAUGUGCAACUUCGUGUAUCAGCGAAAUGUUGUAAAAUGAGUAAAAUAUAGCCCUGUGAAGUUCGCAAAUUUUGUAUAUAUUUUCAUUACGCGCUGGAAAAAUGACCAUUUUUGAGCCGAAAAUGGUUAUUUUUACCGCGCGUAAUACAAAUUAUACAAAAUUUGCGAACUUCACAGGGCUAUAUUGUCUUCAUUUUGCAACCAAACUUGCAGUUUUACUCAUUUUAAGAUGCUCUUCCUAGCUGUGGUGUUGGAUUUCGUUCUUCUUGCUUAGAGCAAAAUGUAGUCUAGCUGGAAUCACCCAUUCUACCAAAACUAAAUGUGAUUGGUGCACUCUCAACAAGUUUAUCAAUUAUGGGAAAUAACAAAAUUGAAAUCUAGCAUCUCUUGCAAAUAGUUCGUACAUCUAUCAGAGAAUUUCUGAGAAACCCAAACAUUUUCAAAUCUUAAGCACCCUUGAACUGAAUAAACGGGUGUGGCACAUUGAACUAUAAAUAAACUGGAAGGCUAACUCAGGGGAGAGGGGAAUUGAAGCCAGUGCAUUUUAGUUUUUCUGAGUUAUGAGCAGAAAUACUCAACACUGAACGUUGGGCUAUAUAUCAAAUUGAAGCUAUUGAAAAACGCUAUUUGGUAUAGAAAUUUCAAGACUUUAGCUAAAAGGGAAAUAUUGAAAAACUACAAACAUAAUUACCGAUAAUCUUGCCGUUUUGCAGUUGUUUUUGUAUUUUUUAAAUAUUUUUCUUUUCGCUGAAGUCUUGAAAUUUCCACAGCGAAUAGCAAUUUUCAAUAGCUUCAAUUUGAUAUAUAGCCCGACGUUUGGGGUCAAGUAUUUCUGCUCAUAACUCAGAAAAACUAUUUUGGCUUUAUCAAAUCAUAGGCGUUCAUCAUAGCAGUUAGCCUUCCAGUUUAUUUAUAGUUCCAUGGUGUGGCAUGAUAAAACACGUUCUUGGUAUUUAUUUGCUAAAUGUAUAACUACGUUCAAGGUGGGCUGUUAAAAAUAUCAACGAGGCUGAAGGGGCCAUGCACCAAAAGGUUUUGUUAAUAUUACAUCGAGUUUCAAAGUCAGAUAGUUGAUAUUUUUAACAACCCAGUUCCUGCAGUUCUCUCAAUAUAGUAAUCUGUAGGAGUGCGCAUUUAAUUGUUCCAAAAUACUUUAAAUUAUUUUAUAUUUUUAUAAUAUGUAGAUGCUCUUGCCGACACUUCGUCAGCUUUACGUUUGGACACGAAGAGUGCGAAAGCCUUCCUUCGUAAGGGGUAAAACUUACUGUAUAUAAUUUCGUUUACUUCGUGGCAUGUGUGUUGCUUCUUUCAGAUUUGUUUGUUUUAUACUUGUGGAUAGUUGUGGAAACAGUACAAGUUGUUAAGGGGCGGACCAUUCUCUUUGCAUUUUUGUUUUCCUUUGCGCGAAUUUUUCUCUUCAAACCACACUCCCCCCCCCAUAACCCGCCUCCUCCCCCAUCACUUUUCUAACGGUCCGCCCUAAAACUCCUGUUUAAGCUUAGGGUUCGAACCAGCCUAACCCACCAAGAUUGUUUGCCAGCUACUGACUAACACUAAAAAACAGCAAACCGAGCUUUUUUAAUGUAAUUGCACGUCAUCAUGUGAUUUGAUUUGCAGGAUUGCUCAUUAUCGCCUUAAACAACAUAGAGACGCAAAGGAAGCCUUCGAGAAUGCUCUGAAAUUAGAGGGUAAGCAUAAUCAUUAAAAGCAUUUUGCUUGAGUAGAAUCAUAUAUAUCUUGUAUACACUAGAUAGUGCAUCUAAUUAUUCUGCAAUUCAAAAAUUGAAGCCGUGUUUGCAGACUCAGGGUAUUCCCAUGAAAUGAGAAGACUCGUAUGUUUUCUAUUUCUUAAACAGGGAACUUAAACAUUAAGUUAAACCUAUUCCAAAUACAUUUUCAAACUAUUCAAAUGAUGAAAGUUAUUGUUGUUUUUAAGCGUUUAUUAGCGAGUGGUAAACUCCAAGAUGGCCGCCAUUUAUUGAAAUGGGGGUAACCGCUGGAAUAUUCUUGGCUUCAAUUUAUCUAAAAGAGAUGCGCUAUAAGAUAUCUAUGAGUACAAUACACAAGGAAAGCACUCUUGAAUGACGAAAAGAUAUUAUUGAGAGAAAAAAUGUAAAUAUUUGUGAAUACUUCGAUGUGUCGGGCUUUUCCUCCUUUGGUGACGUCUGCAGUUCCACAUAGCUUUCAGUUUCAGUUUUUGGCAUAACUAUAAGAAAAGGAUAUUGAUAAUUUAAGUACAAAUUUUGUAGAUUCAGAUGAAACAAAAUCGUGGAUUUCAAAUUGUGAUGUAGAACUUCAAACUGCAGGUUUGUCGUUAUACCGACUAUAUAUUUUCUCGUUAUAUUUAUAUAUCUUGGCUAUAAGACCCUGACUGUAAAUCUUAAACCCAAUUUAUUCGCCAAAAUUUUAGAAUUCUACUCUAGGCUUGUUUCCCUUGUUAGUAUAUGCUUGACACACUUCGUUCAACUGUCAGUUAACUCGGUAUGUUCUCGUCUGAUCGAGCCAUGAUAGUUGAGGAAACUCUUCUUCAAGGUCUUAAUUGCUACUCUAUAGUAUACCAAAAUUAUAUUUUAGGAAACGGUGAAAAAAUUCCAGACCGUGUCGAGUCGAAGCUAAUGAGUGAACCACCGUUACCUAAAGCGCAGCCAAAACCAAGGUAGGUUAUUUACUAUGUGACAACAACAAAAACAACAAAAAUGAACAACUACAGCAACAAAGACGAUGAAAACAACAACAACAUUAUCUCAUGGCAGGUACGACUGGUAUCAAACAGAUUCACGUGUUGUCGUCACAAUCUUAGUGAAGAACAGAACUUCAGAUGAUGUUAAGUGUGAUAUCCAGGAUACAUAUGUAAGUUUAUAUUUAGUAGUUGUCGAAUGAUUUCUUUUUUACCUUGAUGGGUCGACACCAAUACUAACUUAUACUAUAUGAACGUUGAUGGGUCGACACCAGUACUGACUUAUACUAUAUGAACGUUGAUGGGUCGACACCAAUACUAACUUAUACUUUUUGAUGUAUUGUAUGUAUGUAGUGUGAAUUACAUAGUGUGAAUCAUGAUGAGUAAGGUUUCUCGUAAGCACUUAGAUAUCUUUAAACAGAAAAUUUUCUUUAUAAUUUCUUAUCUCUCGUAUUUUGAAUGUCGCUCGUAUUUUUGUAUGUACAUACUUUGGUCUCUUGCUGACAUUCACGUCCACUUUAAACUUACACACUUGUGUUGUUUCGAAAUGCACUCAUGCAGUCCUGGCUUCCGAUGUAUUUUGUGGUUUGCCACAUCAUGCGGUGUGCCUUUAUGGUUGUACCACCAGGAAGGAAUUCGUCCAAAUGGCGACGCCGAAGCUUCUGUAAGUUGUGCUACUUGGGUUUGUAUCUCUCUUAAGAACUCUCUUGCUGGGUAAGCACGCGACAAACACGUUGUACGCAUACGCCUGGCAAUGCCAUGGGAUCUCUGCUGCUCGGGGAAUGACGAGAUAGAAUCUAAAAACAUGACUGCAUUGAAAAUGGUCGUUCUUGAGUAGUCCGCCAUCCUGAAACAAUCACCAAGUUUGAACGAAAAAUGUUGAAAACUUGCAGAGUUAUUUAAUAAAAUACAUUUCGCUGCAAUAAGAAAAACAUUGAAAAUGUAAUAUUCAAAUUCAAUUUUCUCCCGAAGAAUUUUACGAUAAUUACUGAUUUUCAAACGAGUUGUGCUCCUGCGGGUUUUGACCAAUUUUUCUCAAAUUUUCACAGGACAUAGCUAAAGACGUCAGUUUCAAAAUUGUGUUCGGCUUUUUUUUAAAUUUUGGAUAUUUUAAUAAUAAAGAGCAAUUCACUCAAACAAUUCAGAAAUAUUUUGCAGUCGUCAAAGAAAUCGCCAUAUCAGCGGAAUGACGAAAUAAACAAAAAAUUCCGAACACAAUUUUUUAGAACAACUAUUUUACUGUAUAAAAAUGAUAUUUUCAUAAAUAUAACUUAAAACCAGCAGGAGCACAACUCAAAAGCGUAACGGUACCGCGAUUUAAGAUUUUCCUGAAUAAUUCUUAUAUUAUUUUAUUGUUUGUUAAUUUUACAACUUUACCAUAUUUUGCAUAUACACUGGCGAACAUUUGGUGAAAAUUUGAUUCAAAUCGGACUGGUAUUGAGCGCGCAGUAGCGAUUUUCCGCAAAACGCCAAAAAGGGUGUCCUGUAACCUUAAAGAGUAGCAUUACGUCAUUGCAUUAUAAAGUCGUCGCUGAUUGGCUGUAAACAGCCUCGUCUUUGAUUGGUUGCAAGCUAACACACAAACUUCCCAUUUAUCAUAUAAUAUAUCAUUGUAUCUACACAGAUACAAAAUUACUUAAUAGACCUAUUAACCGUGCUUAGAUAGAUAGAUCAACUUUAUUUAGGCACAAAUCUCAUUCAACAUUAUGCUGAUUUCCAUGAGAGGUGUGCUGGCUAACUGUUACAAUUUUAAGACUAAUUUACUAAUACAUACAAACUAUUAUUAUAUAAAUGCUAUUAAAUAUUCACUUAACUAAACUACUUAUAAUAACUUAAUAAUUGGGAGGGCGAGGAGAAAAGGUUUUUACAAAACGAGCUGUAAGAUAUCGAAUUUCGAAUAUUUUCUGGUAUUCUAUUCCAUAAUUUAGCCCCACUGUAACUGAAACUUUUUUAAAUAAAAUCUUUCCUGGGCCUUGGAAUAAAAAGCCCAGUUGAAGAACCUCUUAGAUUAUAACUAUUAACAGUGUUGGAAAGUUGGAAAAUGUUACACGGUCUUUGUGGAGCUAAUUGAUUUACUGUUUUGUACAUGAGUUUGGCCUUCAUUAAUGCUCUACGUUCUUCAAGAGAUGUCCAACCGAGAGCAGUACGAGCUAAGAUAGACUGUCCAAGGCAUGCUCUUUUUUAAAAUGCAUGAUUAAUCUAGCUGCUCGAUUUUGCAAUUUUUGAAGACGUUCGCCGAGGCCUUUGCCAAGCUCAUCCCAAACCUCACAACAGUAAUCAAAAUGCGGCUGGAUCAAUACAUUGCACACCAGCACUGAUGUAUCUCGGUCUACAAAUUCUUUAAGUUUUUUUAACGCACCAAUCCCCGAAGAUACUUUACUAGCGAUAUAUUCAAUAUGUUUUUCCCAGUUUAGGUUCUCAUCUAUUUCAACUCCUAGCACUUUUGCGCAUUUUACUCUUGAUUGGACAUGUGUCGAUCUUAAUUGUGGGUUGGACAUCCAUGCUAUUAAUCUUAGGGCGUGAUCCAAUCAAGCGUAGAUACUCUAAUAUUAACUGUAAUCUCUAAUGGUUUUUUCCAGGUAUCAAUAUAUGUGAGACUAGAAGAUGGAAGUGACUUUUCCCUGUCGUUAAACUUAGCCAACACAAUCGUCGCUGCUCAAUCAAAGUACAAAGUUUCAUCUCCAAAGGUAAAUUAA